CGUUGCUGCGGCUGCAGGUUUAUGGUCAUUUCACUUCUUCACUGGUGAAGGAGGAAAAGGAGAAUGUGGGCGGAUGAUGGAGUGAGCGGAGUGGCCGGGGAGGCUUCAUAAACAUAGAGUGGAGGACAUCAAAAGUUGCGAACUGACGACUGGAAACUGAAAUCAAGUAACGCAUCAAGCUCUGAGCGAGUCACUUAAUUCAUCAAGAUCCGAACAUCAUCAAGUUUAUAAAAACGAUGGCAAGAUUUCCGGUUGGGAAACUAACACCAAACAUCACAUCUGGAUCUGAUGGAGGCACCCAAUUUAUGACAAUCUUGAACUUCAUCAAAUAUUGAAUAUGGACAGAGCAAAUAGUGUUCACAGGGGAGAAGGACUGUACAAAUGUUCCAAGUGUGGGCAAAGCUUCCAUCGAUCAUUUGAUCUGUUACAACAUAAAUGCAGUUACGGCGGGGAGAAGCCGUGGAAAUGUGGGGACUGUGCAAAGACAUUCAAUUACCCAUCGGAUCUGGACAUUCAUCAGCGCAGUCACACUGGAGAGAAGCCAUUUACCUGCUCCACGUGUGGGAAGGGAUUUGCUCGUUCAUCCUACCUUCUGUUACACCAACGAGUUCACACUGGGGAGAAGCCAUUCACCUGCUCUGUGUGUGGGAAGGGAUUUACUCAGUCGUCCAAUCUGCAGACACACCAGCGGGUUCACACUGAGGAGAGACCUUUUGAAUGUCCAGAGUGCAGAAAAUUCUAUAAAAGUUCUUGGGACCUGAUGCGACAUCAACGUGUUCAUACUGAGGAGAGGCCUUUCAGGUGCUCUAACUGUGGGGCUGGGUUCAAACGGUCAUCUCACCUCACUGUGCAUCAGCGAGUACACACUGGGCAGAAACUGUUCACUUGCUCAACUUGUGGCAAGGGGUUUACUCAGUCAACCUCCCUGCUGUUACACCAGCAAGUUCAUACCGGGGAGAGUCCAUUCACCUGCUCCUUGUGUGGGAUGGGCUUCACUCAGAAAUCCCAUCUGUUGACACACCAGCGAGUUCACACUGAUGAGAGACCUUUCAAAUGCCCAGUUUGUGAAAAGGGCUUCAAAAGCUCUGGCGAACUGAUGCGGCACCAACGUGUUCACUCUGACGAGAGACCAUUCAGGUGCUCCGAAUGUGGGACUGGGUUCAAGCAGUCAACUCAGCUUACAGUCCACCAGCGACUUCACACUGGGGAGAGACCAUUUACCUGCUCUGAGUGCGGGAAGGGGUUCAGUUGUUCAUUCAACCUGCUGACACACCAGCGAGUUCACACCGGGGAGAGGCCAUUUAUCUGCUCCCUGUGUGGGAAGGGAUUUACUCAGUCAUCCAGCCUGCUGACUCACCAGGGAGUUCACACCGGGGAGAGACCUUUUGCCUGCUCCAAUUGCGGGAAGGGAUUCGCACGGUUAUCCACCCUACUGACACACCAGCGAGUUCACACUGGGGAGAAACCCUUCAGCUGCGCUGAGUGUGGGAAGGGAUUCACUCAGUCAUGCCACUUGCAGAGACAUGAGCGCACUCACACUGGGGAGAAGCCGUUCACCUGUAACGUGUGUGGGAAGGGAUUCAGUCAGUCAUCCAACCUCAUGACACAUCAGCGAGUUCACAAUCCUGUGAUUCUGGAGAAAGUUUUAAAAGUAGCAGUGAUCUGUAGAGACACCAGCGAGUUCCCAGAAUUAAAAGAUUUAACAGAGCCAAAAGGUAAGCAAGAAGAAAAAGUCCAGAACCCAGAGGAACAAGUCCCAUCUCCACAACAGUGCAGAUCGCACAAUGCAAUCACCAGGCCACCGUUGCACUUUACCAGCCCAUUCUUGCCACCAACUGCUGCUGACACACCAGGCCGCUCUCACCGUCGACAUCGCUCUGGCCCACACUCAAUCCGCUGUCACUGCAGGACACAGCCCGCGCAUUCAGCUCCCACCACACGGUACCCGGUCACAACCCAACUGCUCUUCGAGUCCUUAGGGAAUCACUGUGCUGCCUUUACACUGUACAAGUGUGCAGUGAGGUUGGACGAAGACCGGAACCGCUUUCCACAACAACUGCAAGUGAACGGCCUCUCCUCCGUCAUGGAAGCCGAGGGCGUCACCGCCGAGCGCUAUGAUUCCUAUUGGCUUCUUCAGCCAUUUUCCCGCCCCCAAGGUUGUCGUUACAGUGCGUCUCAAUGCCCAAUGAGCGUCGAGAGCGAAACUACUUCCGCUGGUACAAACUCAGAUACAAGGAACACCCACACCAUGGAGAAACCAUGGAAAUGUGAGGACUGUGGGAAGGGAUUCCGCUCCCCAUCUGUGCUGGAAACUCAUCGACGCAGUCACACUGGGGAGAGGCCUUUCACGUGCUCCGAGUGUGGGAAAGGAUUCAGUGAUUCCUCCACUCUGAAGAGACACCAGCGGGUUCAUACGAGACAGAAGCCAUUCACCUGCUCCAUGUGUGGGAAGGGAUUCACUCAGUCCUGCCACCUGGCGCUACAUCAGCGAGUUCACACCGGGGAGAGGCCCUUUACCUGCUCUGAGUGUGGGAAAGGAUUCACUCAGUCAUCUGUGUUGCUGAGACACCAGCGGGUUCACAUCGAGGAAAGGCCAUUCACCUGCCCCGUGUGCAGGAAGGGAUUCACUCAGUCAUCAGACCUGCUGACCCACCAGCGCGUUCACACCAAGGAGAGGCCAUUCUCCUGUUCCACGUGUGGCAAGAGUUUUGCUCAUUCAUCCACCCUGCUGAGGCACCAGCGAGAUCAUAGCGGGAAGAGGCCGUUCACAUGCUCUGAAUGUGGGAAGGGCUUCACUCAGUUUUCUGACUUGGUGCGGCACCAGCGGGUUCACACUGGGGAGUGCCCUUUUAUCUGCUCCACGUGUGGGAAGGGAUUCAGUCAGUCAUCCAGCAUGCUGAGACACCGCAGCAGUCACACCAACGAGAGACCUUUUGAAUGCCCUGACUGUGGGGGUAGCUUUAAAACAGCUGAGGACCUGUUGGUGCACCAGCGGAUUCACACCGAGGAGAGGCCGUUUGGCUGCUCUCACUGCGCCAAGAGGUUCAGAACAGUUUCCAGCCUGCGGAGACAUCAGCGAAUUCACACGGGGGAGAAGCCAUUCUCAUGCUCAGUGUGUGGCAAGGGAUUUACUCAGUCAACCAACCUGCUGACACACCAACAAGUACAUGGUGAACAGCAAUGUUUCUUGGUGAAGGAGACCAGAACUGCACACAGACUCCAGGUGUGCUCUCGCCAAGCCCUGCGCAGUUGCAUCCUGGGUCACCAAUCGAACGAUUACCCCCUUCGCGUUGGUUCUUCAGGGAGCCAGAACCACCUGAAAACAGUGUUAAAACUCCUGAUACAGGGAGGGAUGAUCAGCUGGACUCUGCCUUUUGCCAUUUUGUUCCCCUCGGAGGCCUCAGACGAUUCCAAGAGAUUGCAAGUGCAGUUCCAAGGGAGAGAUGCUGCCAGACCUGAUCAGUUUGUCCAGCAGGUGACAGUGUAUGUCAGCAAGCACAGUAGUGACAAAUCAUACCUUUCACAAGUACAUCAGAAUAAUAGAACCAAUGCAGAAUAUUACAGCUACAGAGACGUUGCAGAGAAAGAACAGCUCUCGUACAUGAGAGGUCCAGUCAUAAGUGAUAACAGCAGGGAAGAAGCUGUUCUUGAAUCUGUUCCAAAGUUUUUUCCGUCGCUGACACUGACCAUGCUCAGUGCCCCGCACGAUUAUUGGAGACGAACGCGCAGACGCAAAACGUCAUUCCCUACCAAGGAGCCAGCAGCUGGCCUGGGAGGAGUUGGGGAUAUUUUCACUUCAGAUCCUAUCCUUGUAUCUUUGUUUUUACUUUUCAACAACCUAAAUCAGUACUUCAAACUGUGGAAUGAAUUCAAAGCCUGGACAACAUGGAAUCUGUAUGGGUGGAUCUCCAGAACACCGAAGGGAAAAAGAAGUGUUAAAUGGGUGUUCUCUGCAGACUACGAAACAGUAGUUGUGAGGUUGACGAUGGCAUCAAACAGGAAACUGGAGAGAAUGGAUAUUAUCAAGCUGGAGAAGGCUCAGAAGUUGAUAAUGGCGGGUAUGGAAGCAGCAGCAAGUGGGCCCAGCUCCAACCUCGUGGUGGUAGCGAGAGCCCCUACUUACUUUUCUGGGGCGAGCACGGGACCUAGCAUUGGAAUUGGCAGCUGCCACAUCGACAGAGGCGACGUUGGCGAGCAGCUAACUCAGUCUCUCUUCCCUGGCAAACCGCAGGAUGCUGAAACCGACUAUUCGGAAUCCUCCGUGCACCUCAAAUGGAGAUUGUCAAUCGCACGACAGUAUCAUCACACCAAACCACCUAAUUUCCACCUCAGCGACUUCACCCCACGUGCUUCUGAAACCCCCGUCAUUUCACCAUUUUCCCCAGUCCUCUCAAACCUAGCACUUCCCGCAGUCAACGUCCCUGUAAUUGAGAUCACCCACCCUCUGCUGCCGGUCUCCUACCUCACGCUGGCUGUUGCUGAGUCAUCUCCAGUGACAUCACAACAUUCGCGCACGGAAAUGCCGCGCAUGCGCCCAGUUGUACCUGGGCCUCACACGGUCACACCGAAGCCCCGCCCAAGUCCUGUCCAUUCAGCAAGAAUGGCGGACCCAGACCAGCGGCCUCGUCCCGGCAUAAACACCUGCAACACGGAGCCUGAAGGUGUUUACAAUGUCUCCCCGCUGCCCUCUUCUCACCGAACAACCAUGUACCUGCUCUGCUUCUCCCCUUUCUCCCGCCGAUCGCCGCCACUGAGGAGAAAUAGCUCCGCGUACCUCUCAGUCCUGAUCGAAGUGGCACUGCGCAUGCGUGCCAGCCAGCCUGCCGCUGAGCGAGUCCGCACAGCAGGUCAGGCAGCCUCAAAGGAGCCGGAAAGCCGAUGUUUCCGGUCGGGUGUCUGCAGGUCGGGAGUGGUGAAGACUGGUCAAUGGGAAAAGUGGGGGUGGAUAAGUGAGAAGAAAGGUGCACAGAUUGUGUCAGGUCAAAGAAGCGGGAAUGAGAGGGAGGCCUGGAAGAAGGAUGCGGCUGUUUCAUCCAGCUGCAUGGGACAGUUCUCUCCUGCUCCAUUUCUUCUCUACCUGAUCGUAGCACAGGCUAAUGUACUCCCCUCUGACACAGUUUCCUCUGGUGUCCCCAAAGGAUCCAGCCUUGGCUUCCUCUUAUUUGUUGUUCAGCAUACUCCCAACAGUGUCAGCUGUUACAUGUUCACUGACAUCACCCAGCUUUACCUCAGUUUCACCCAAAUGGCAAAUGAGGAAACCCUGAAAUAUCUGGCAACUGUGUAUUCUGACAAUCACCCUAAAAUGUAUUUGGGUCAUUCAGGUUGUCCUAAUAACACAGAAUUCUAUAUAACUACACAUGAUAAACAUCAGCAGAAGCAGACGAUGAUAAACAUUGAGAUGAUUAACAGCCAAAGCCAAUUACUACAGUUACUUCUGAACCUGCUUGUGACUCAAAAGUCUUGUCCGCGAACCUGCUUUCGAUACGUUCCGCCAGGAAUUUCCGCCCGACUCUCACUCCGGAGCUCAGCGUCAGCAGCGCGCAUGCUCGGUGGCGGGCCGGGCCGAUUGACCAAUAGGAAAGAGGGGGCGGGGCUAGAGGUCCGGGCUUUGCCGCUGCCGUCAAUCAUUCGGGUCGCCAACGUGAUCCGGCGUCCGUGGAGGGAAGCUGCAGACCGCGGGGUCCAGAGCCUAAAGUCACGCUUAGAGCAUUAUUCCUGCUUCCGUCGAUAUCUAAUGGGCCUGUGUCUGGUAGCUCUUGUCCAGGAACGUCUGAUUGCCUUUUGCUAUCUGGUGUCUUUUGUUGCGAUGAGGACCUUGGUUUGGCUCUCUGUUCGGCCUCUGUGUUUCUUGGUUCCCAAGCUGCUUGUUGUGGGUGGAAGCCUGUGGGAAAUCCAAGAUCUUUGGAACUUCUCUAAUUCUGCUGCCUUGUGGAUUCCCAGUCAAAUUGCUGCAGCAUCGCUCUGGGCUCUGCAAUCUGAUGAGGUGAACAACACCUUUAUUUGUGAUAGCCCUUCAUGUGCCUCAAAUCUGGUCCCUGUCAGCAUCGGCCUCUUUUGUACCUUCCUGCAGGACAUUUACCGAACAACAUCGGAUUGUCGCAAACAGAAAUUGCUGGAAAACUAUGCUGAGUUAUCGGGGUUUUUUUUAUUCCUUCACGGGAUGACUGUGUCGCUGGCUAGGCAGCAUUUGUUGCCCUUUCCUAAUUGUCCAGAUAAGAGUCAACCACAUUUGCUUGGACCUGGAGUCAGAUGUUGGCGAGACCAGAAGUUAUACAGAAGGAAGGAUUUACAGUUGGAAAACUGGCACCAAACAUCUCACAUGAAUCUGAUGGAGUCACCCAAUUCAUCACAAUCUGACCAUCAGUUCUUGAACAUGGAAGAAAAUAUCUCUGAUCACAGUGGAGACGAGCUGUACAUAUGUUCCGAUUGUGGACAAAGCUUCCCCCAAUCAUCUGGCCUGUCGGAGCACAAAUGCAGUCAGGUUGAAGAAAAGCUAUUUGACCAAGAAGAUUAUCAGCACAGUCACACUGGAGCGAGGCCAUUUACCUGCAACGUGUGUGGGAAGGGAUUCACUCGGCCAUCCCACCUGCAUGCUCACUGGAGGGUUCACACUGAGGAGAGACCUUUUGAAUGCCCAGACUGUGGUAAGUGCUUUAAAAGCUCCGGGGAACUGAUGCGUCAUCGGCGCGUUCACACAGACGAGAGACCGUUCAGGUGCUCUCACUGCGGGACUGGAUUCAGACAAUCGUCUCACCUCACCAAACACCAGAGAGUUCACACCGGGGAGAAGCCAUUCAUCUGCUCCGUGUGCGGGAAGGGGUUCAGUCACUCAUUCAAUCUGCUGACCCACCAGCGAGUUCACACUGGGGAGAGACCGUUUGCCUGCUUUGAGUGUGGUGAGGGAUUUACUCAGUCUUCCAGCCUGAUAAGACACCAGCAAAUUCACAGUGGGGGCAGGCCAUUCACCUGCUCCACGUGUAGGAAGGGAUUUGCUCAGUUGUCCAAUCUGCUGAAACACCAGCAGGUUCACACUGGGGAGAAAUCCUUCACCUGCUCCAAAUGCGGGAAGGGAUUCACUUGGCUGUCCAACCUGCUGAAGCACCAGCGAGUUCACACCGGGGACACCUCUUUCACCUGCUCCAAGUGUGGUAAGGGUUUCACUCGUUCAGCUUCCCUGCUGCUACACCAGCGAGUGCAUGCUGAAGAGCGAUCGUUUACCUGCUCCGUGUGUGGGAAGGGAUUCACUCGGCCGUCCCAUCUGCAGGCUCACUUGCGGGUUCAUACUAAGGAGAGACCUUUUGAAUGCCCAGAUUGUGGGACAUGCUUUAAAAGCUCCGGGGAACUGAUGCGCCAUCGGCGCGUGCACACCGAUGAGAGACCGUUCAGGUGCUCUCACUGCGGGCUGGGGUUCAGACAAUCGUCUCACCUCACCAAACACCAGAGAGUUCACACGGGGGAGAAGCCGUUCAUCUGCUCUGUGUGCGGGAAGGGGUUCACUCGAUCGUGCAACUUGCUGAGACACCAGCGAGUUCACACUGGAGAGAGACCUUUUACCUGCUCCAAGUGUGGCAAGAGGUUCACUCAGUCAUCCAGCGUGUUGAGACACCAGCGUGUUCACCAAUCUUCGGUCACUUUCAUGGAUGACUGUGAGGUUUUAGCCCAGGAGUCUCAGAUUUCUCUAAAGGGUGUGUUUGAGUCACAAGUAAUUGUGAACUAUUUUAUUGAAAAGUAUCAGAAUGCUCCAGACUUUCGCCACGAUCCCCUCGCUGAGUACUUCAACCCCGCCCCCUCAUUGACUCCGAUUGCAUCCAACCUGGAGAGGUGUCAGGACAACUGUAUGAUGGAGAAACCAUGUAAAUGUGGGGACUGUGGGAAGGGAUUCAAGUACCCAUCUCAAUUGGAUAUUCAUCGACGCAGCCACACUGGAGAGAGGCCAUUCACCUGCACUCAUUGUGGGAAAAGAUUUGCUUAUUCAUCCAGCCUCUAUUUACACCAGAGAGUACACACUCGCAAGAGGCCAUUCACCAACCUUGAAUAUCAGGAACGAUUUGAUGCUUCACCAAACCUCCCCAUUGACCAGGUUCAUUCUGACCAGAGACCUUUUAAAUGUUCUGACUGUGAUAAGAGCUUUAAAAGCAAAUGGGAGCUGCUUAGACACAAACGUACUCACACAGGGGUGAGACCUUAUAUCUGCUCCAUUUGUGGAAAGGGAUUCACUCAGUCAUCCUACCUCCUGACACAUCAACUUGUUCACACUGAUCAGAGACCUUUCCCGUGCUCCGACUGUGGAAAGUGUUUUAAAAGUAAAAAUGAUUUACAAGUCCAUCAACGCAUUCACACCGGGGAGAAGCCAUUCACCUGCACCCUGUGUGAGAGGAGAUUCAGACGUUUAGCCCAACUGCAGACACACCAGAGAGUUCACACUGAUAAGAGACCUUUUAAAUGUUCGGUCUGUGAGAAGAGCUUUAAAAGCAAACAGGAUCUGUUGACACAUCAGCGAGUUCACACGGGUGAGAGGCCGUUUACCUGUUCUGUGUGUGGAAAGAGAUUCACCCGUUCAUCCCACCGUUUGAGACAUCAGCGGGCUCACACUGGGGAGAGGCCAUUCACCUGCUAUGUGUGUGGGAAGGGAUUCACUGAUUCACCACAGCUUCUGUUACACCAACGAAUUCACACUGGGGAGAAACCGUUCACCUGCUCCACAUGUGGGAAGGGUUUCACUCAGCCGUCCCAGCUCACUGAGCAUCAACAUGUUCACACUGAUCAGAGACCUUUCAAAUGUUCGGACUGUGGAAAGAGCUUUAAAAGCAAAAAGUAUCUGAUGACGCACCAGCGGGUUCACAGUGGGGAAAGGCCAUUCACCUGCCUCGUGUGUGGGAAGAGAUUCACUCAGUCAUCCCAUCUACUGACACACCAGCAGCUUCACACGGGGGAGAUGCCGUUCACUUGCUCUCGAUGUGGGAAGAGGUUUGCUCGAUCAUCCAACUUGCUGAGACACCAGAGAGUUCACAAGUGAUGCCAGGAAUCAGAUUUUGCUAUUUCUGUUGCUGUUAAUUACAUCCUGGUCUGAAUCAUGACCAUUCUGAUAGUAAAAGUUCUUGACUAAUGGUAUUAUUCCUUAUAACCAUGUUAUUAUUUAAUAGCUUGGAUAGAGACCAAAUAAAUCUUAAAGGGAGAAACAACUUGACCUUUAGU